CUCGUUGGUUUCGAAAUCUAACUCUGUGCUGGGGGAAUCCCACGCGGAGGCCUUAAGCGUCUCCCCACACCCUGGCCCCAGCGCCCGCCUCCGACCCGGUCCAGGCACCAGGCGGCGGUGGGGUAGCACCUGGGUCACGGUCACCCGACGGAGCCCGCGGAAAGGGAAGCGGCGGCGGGCCCCAGGCCACAGGUGACAGGCGCGCUCCGCGGAACGGGUGGUCCCCGCACCCUGGAGAAGGGGGCGCCGGCCACACGCAGCGUCCCCGCGCACUCUUCCGGGGCGCGGGCAGGUCCGGGCCGGAGGCGGCAGAAGGCGCGGCCUGGCGGCAGCUGCGCGUUCUCCGGAUACAUCGGGCCGAAAAUACGCUCGGCGGGCUUCCUCGUUCCGCAGCCCUUCCCGGACCGGGCGGGCAGGGUCCCAGGGUGGCCGAGGCGCGGACGCGGGCGCCGGGCAUCCUCGCUUCCCAGUCGGCGGCACCCAGGACCCCAGUAGUGCGGCGCGGGCCCGGGGAAGGGGGGAGUCCCCGGCCCCGAGGCCGUCGACGCUCCUGCAGCCCCGUCUGCUAGGCCCCGCACGGGAAUGCGGACACCUGCCCCGCCGAGGUGAGAUCACUGGACAAUGCCACCUGCUUUGUGGACAGUGUGGGUCUUGGGGUCUGUAAUCAGCCUCCCCAAGGAAGGAGCCUCUGAUCAGGCUUCUUCUCUGUCUUGUGACCCCACUGGUGUCUGCGAUGGCCGCUCCAGAUCUUUAAACUCCAUCCCCUCAGGGCUCACGGCAGCUGUGAAAAGCCUUGACCUGUCCAGCAAUGAGAUCACCUAUGUCAGCAACAGCGACCUGCGGAGGUGUGUGAACCUCAGGACUCUGAGGCUGGGGGCCAAUGAAAUUCACAUGGUGGAGGAAGAUUCUUUUUUUUCGCUGAGGAGUCUUGAAUAUUUGGACUUAUCCUACAAUCGUUUAUCUUACUUCUCAUCCUCCUGGUUCAGAUCCCUUUCUGCCUUGAAAUUCUUAAACUUACUGGGAAAUUUAUACAAAACACUCGGGGAAAGAUCUCUUUUUUCUCAUCUCCCAAAUCUACGAAUCCUGAAAGUAGGAAAUAGUAACAGCUUCACUGAGAUUCAGGAAAAGGAUUUCGCUGGGCUAACUCUUCUUGAGAAACUUGAGAUUAAUGCUCCAAAUCUGCAGACAUAUGCGCCGAAGAGUUUAAAGUCAAUCCGGAACAUCAGCCAUCUGAUUCUUCAUCUGAAGCAGCCUGUUUUACUGUUGGAGAUUUUUGUAGAUAUUUUAAGUUCCUUAGAACAUUUAGAACUGAGAGAUACUAAUUUGAACACUUUUCAUUUUUCAGAAGUAUCCAUCAGUGAAACGAAUACAUCGAUUAAAAAGUUUACAUUUAGAAAUGUGCAAAUCACUGACGAAAGUUUUACUGAAGUUGUGAAACUGUUUAAUUAUGCUUCUGGAGGCUUAGAAGUAGAGUUUGAUGACUGUACCCAUGAUGGAGUUGGUGAUUUUAGGACAUUGACUCUGGAGACAAUGAAACGCCUACGUGACGUGGAGACAUUAACAAUACGGAAGUUGCAUGUCCCACAGUUUUUCUUAUUUCAUGAUCUGAGUAAUAUAUAUUCACUCACAGGAAAAGUUAAAAGAAUCACAAUAGAAAACAGUAAGGUUUUUCUGGUUCCUUGUUUACUUUCACAACAUUUAAAAUCAUUAGAAUAUUUGGAUCUCAGUGAAAACUUAAUGUCUGAAGAAACCUUGAAAAACUCAGCCUGUGAGCAUGCCUGGCCCUUCCUAAAAACCUUAGUUUUAAGGCAGAAUCGUUUGAAAUCAUUAAAAAAAACUGGAGAAAUUUUGCUUACUCUGAAAAACCUGACUAACCUUGAUAUCAGUAAGAAUAAUUUUCAUUCAAUGCCUGAAACUUGUCAGUGGCCAGGAAAAAUGAAAUAUUUGAACUUAUCCAGCACAAGAAUACAAAGUUUAACCCGUUGCAUUCCCCAGACACUGGAAAUUUUAGAUAUUAGCAAUAACAAUCUCGAUUCAUUUUCUUUGAUUUUGCCAAAACUCAAAGAACUUUAUAUUUCCAGAAAUAAGUUGAAGACUCUACCAGAUGCCUCCUUUUUACCUGUGUUAUUAGUUAUGAGAAUCAGCAGAAAUAUAAUAACUACUUUCUCUAAGGAGCAACUUGAUUCUUUUCAAAAACUGAAGACUUUGGAAGCUGGUGGCAACAGUUUCGUUUGCUCCUGUGACUUCCUGUCUUUCACACAGGGGCAGCAGGCCCUGGCCCAGGUCCUGAUCGACUGGCCAGAAGAAUACCUGUGUGACUCUCCAUCCUCUGUGCGGGGCCAGCGGGUUCGGGACACCCGGCUCUCACCUUCCGAAUGCCACAGGGCAGCCGUGGUGUCUGCCGUGUGCUGUGCCCUUUUCCUGUCAUUCCUGCUCGUGGGAGUUCUGUGCCACCGUUUCCACGGACUGUGGUACAUGAAGAUGAUGUGGGCCUGGCUCCAGGCCAAGAGGAAGCCCAGGAAGGCUCCCCGCAGGGACAUCUGCUAUGAUGCCUUUGUGUCCUACAGUGAACGGGAUUCCUACUGGGUGGAGAACCUCAUGGUCCAGGAGCUGGAGCACUUCAGACCUCCCUUUAAGUUGUGUCUUCACAAGCGGGACUUCAUUCCUGGCAAGUGGAUUAUCGACAAUAUCAUUGACUCCAUUGAAAAGAGCCACAAAACCAUCUUUGUGCUUUCUGAGAACUUUGUGAAGAGUGAGUGGUGCAAGUACGAGCUGGACUUCUCCCAUUUUCGUCUCUUUGAUGAGAACGACGAUGCUGCCAUUCUCAUUCUGCUGGAGCCCAUUGAGAAAAAGGCCAUCCCCCAGCGUUUUUGUAAGCUGCGGAAGAUCAUGAACACCAAGACCUACUUGGAGUGGCCCGCUGAUGAGACGCAGCAGGAAGGGUUUUGGGUAAAUUUGAGAGCUGCAAUAAAGUCCUAGGAUCCUUCAUUAAGGGUCAGUCUUGGUCUGGUGGUGGUCUUUCUAUCACUAGUUAUAACUAAGUCCAUUCUGACCCAAUUAUAUGUAAACUAUAUGAAUGAGGACUUGCUUACUGAAACAACUAAAACUGUUCAAAAGCUGCUACCAGAUUGGAAAAACAUGGUUCUGGGCUUUUCUUUAUCCUAUGAGAUAAUCAUGAUCUCACUGCAUUAUUGAUAUCUGAAUUAUCUGUACCAAUUGACUUAGUUCAUUAGGAAACAGCAGAAAUGAGCAGAAGAUUUCAAAUGACUGUGUCCGUCAGCUUUCUGCCAGGAGACUCACGCAUGUCUGUAGAGGUCGUUCUCCAUCCCCGCAGCUGUCCCUUCUGUGCCUGACUGCUCUCAAGAGCAGCAAGGCAAAAUGUUAUUGCUGUUCUUAGAAAAAAAAGUGCUGUGUGUCCUCAUUAAGCUUCACGGGAUACAAAAAACCCUAGAAGGUAUAUUUUCAUAUGAACUGGAUCUGUCUUUCUCGCUAUUUGAUAAGUUUCUCCAGCCAUAGUUACUUGAGAGAGGGUAUAUAACCCAAGAUGCAGUAAAUUAUGUAUUUCUAUGAAAAUGAAACUAAUGAAAUAUAUACUCAGUUUUGAAGGAUUUGAAAGAAUCCCCCUAUAUCCCUGACUCAGAUCUUCAGCCUUUAACUAUGUGUGAAGUUCUAAUUUAGUGUCUGGUUACUCUGCUUUCAGCCCCAUCUUCUAGUCGGCUUCCCUUGCAUCAUGUUGCUUUUUCCUUCUUUAAAAAGUCUUGUUUCUGAUUUUUUCUCUUUUUGAAACAUUAUGAAAGUAUGUAUGAGCUAAAUAGAUUUUUAAGCAAGUAUAGACCUAGAGGUUCUUCACAAUGACUCAGAAAUAUUUGAUACACAAUAAUUUAAAAGAUAGAUACUACUUCCAUAUGUUAAUUUUUAGAAUCUAGAUAAUAAGACAUUAAGUGAAUACAUUAAAUUUAAAAGUGAGGAGCUAUUUAUGGACUUCAUCCAACUCACUCCUUAAGCUGGGAACCACAUGUGAAAGGAAGUGACCUUGCUCAGUCCUCAGCCAGAACUGGGUCUGUGUGGUUAGUUGGGGUCUGGAAUCAGAAGGACCUGGGUUAGUAUGCAUGUAUCUUUGGGCAACUCAAUCUGAUCCCAAAUAUUUUCCUGUCCUUAAGAUAGGGAUAAUAAUAAAUACAUUGUAGGGUCUGAUGUAGAUGUCAAGGUGCAGUACUAUCAGUAAAGCACUGGCAUGUGCCCCGGAUGAGGACCAACCCUAUGAGAAUGGGUACCAUGGGGUACUCGCACAGGGUGACAGGUGCCUGUGGUAGGUGUUAGCUAUUAUUAUUAUUUUCCAAGAAGGAAGUCCUCUUAUAUAUUAUGGUUUGUAAAUGAAUGUUUUUGUGUUAUGAGUACUAGCAGGGAUCUAGGGUAUAUUUUCUGUCGUUUGCAGAAAGUUAUCCCAAAGAAAUAAGUUCAUUAAGUGCAGGACAGGCUUUAGUCCUUGGGAAACCCAAACAGUGGGUUCUUCUAUCUCACACAAACUCCUGGGAGAGUGUAAUGGAGUACCCAGCCUAAGAAAAAAAUAGACAAGUUCAGGAGAAGGAGACUUGAGAUGCCACAGAAACCAAACACAAAAUGGACUUUUUGCUUUAGUCCUCUAUUUCCUUCCUACAUUAAGCACAAUGUUAAUUGUCAUGAGAACCAGACAAAUUUAACGUGGACUUGACCUGUAGAUUUAAUUUCAAUAAUUUAAACAGCAAUAGAAAAGCUUCAUAGUUAAUUGAUAGAUUUAAAAUAAUAUUUUAAAAAUAAUCUAUUUUUCUCAUUGCAAAUGUUAAACUGUAGAAAAUUUGGACAAGAAACAAAAGCAUAUGAAAGAAAUUAAGAAUCAGCUCUUAUCCCUUUACCUUGAGAUAACCACUGGUAACUGAGUAGUAUAUACAUAUUACUUCACAAAACUGAGACUAGAUUUAAUUAAUUUAUUUAUUUAAAAUUAAUUUAUUUUUUGGCUGCGUUGGGUCUUCAUUGCUGUGCACGGGCUUUCUCUAGUUGUGGCAAGCAGGGGCUACUCUUCACUGUGGUGCGUGGGCUUCUCAUUGCAGUGGCUUCUUUUUGUGGAGCACGGGCUCUAGGCUCGCGAGCUUCAGUAGUCGUGUUGCAUGAGCUCAGUAGUUGUGGCUCACGGGCUCUAGAGCACAGGCUCAGUAGUUGUGGCGCAUGGGCUUAGUUGCUCCGCGGCAUGUGGGAUCUUCCCGGACCAGGGCUCGAACCUGUGUCCCCGCAUUGGCAAGCGGAUUCUUAACCACUGCGCCACCAGGGAAGCCCCUGAGAUUAGAUUUUAAAUGCCUAAACUGUGUAAAGGAAAUAGCAUCUUUAUUUUUUUCUGAUAUUGUUUAGUAAUUAUCUAACAUUUCUGAACUCUGAGGGUCAUUCAGAAUUCCAUGAAGACACAUGCUGGUUUACUUACCCAGAGUCCUAAAGGGUCUUCACUCUGCUCUCCAUAAAAAGCAGAUAGCAAAUACAUCAGAGGUGCAUUUAAGGGCUCUGCUACAAAAGACAAACUAAUUUUUAGUUGGUGCUUUAUCCAGUUGUGAGGUCUUUUAUUUGUCUGUAGCCUGUAAGUUCAAAAAUCUUGAUUUAUCUCUUUAAUCCUUGCACGUGCCUGGUACGUAAUAAAUAUUGAAUUGUUGAAAUGUUUGCUGAGUAGAGAAAUAAAGCAGAGUUAAAUCUUCUAAUAAUCUGGAUGAUGAGCCAGCUGUAAUACUGAAGCACUGAGCAGUUUCAAGAAGGAAUAUUACCAACCAGAAAAAUCUUAAUGUGAGUUAUCGUCAUUACAACUGCAAUGGAAUUUUGUAUAGCAUUAAGUGCGUUGCUGAUAUUUUAAAAAAAUUUAUUGAAGUAUAGUUGAUUUACAAUGUUGAGUUAAUUCCUGCUGUACAGCAAAGUGACUCAGUUAUGCAUAUAUACAUUCUUUUUCAUAUUCUUUUCCAUUAUGGUUUAUCACAGGAUAUUGAAUAUAGUUCCCUGUGCUAUACAGUAGGACCUUGUUGUUUAUCCAUUCUAUAUAUAAUAGUUUGCAUCUGCUCACCCAAACUUCCAAUCCAACCUGACCCCACUCCCCCUCCCCGCUGGUAACCACAAGUCAGUCCUCUAUGUCUGCGAGUCUGUUUCUGUUUCAUAGAUAAGUUCAUCUGUGUCAUAUUUUAGAUUCCACAUAUAAGUGAUAUCAUGUGGUAUUUGUCUUUCUGUUUCUGACUGACUUCACUUAGUAUGAUAACUUCUAGAUCCAUCCAAGUUGCUGCAAUGCGUCGCCAAUGUUUCCGACAAUAGAUUUGUUUCUUUUCUACUUCAUACAAGUGUAAUGUCUUCACGUAUUGCAGAAUAGAUGUCUGGUGUGAUGUAGACAGUGUUGGCUGUUUAACAAACGACCAGUAAUUUAAAAUGAAUUAAUUUUGGGGAGUUCAACAUAUUCUUGGGUUAAUUUGUUUGACUGGUCUUCCCAAUUCUGUUAAUUUUUUCUUUCUUGCUGGAUUAAUUCAUUUGGUCAGCAAAUAUUUAUUGAGUGCCUGUUAUGUGCCAGGUACUGCUCCAAGUGCUGGAGAGAUAGUAGGGAACAAAACAGAUAAAAUUCCCAGUCUUCAUGGAGGUGAAGACAAACAGUAAACAAAUGAGUCUAUGAUAUGAUUUCAGGAAAUGCUGUGAAGAAAAUAAAAGCAGAGU